AUAUCUCAGAGUGACAGCAAUGUGCGAGUCGCGGUACAAUCAAGAUAACGAAUCCGAGUCAAACUAGUCAGUGUCAGCAGCUUGCAUUGGCACAUUCUUAGACUCGAGUGUAAAUUUACACGUUGCUCUGCUAAGCUAACAAAAUGUCUCACAUUGAAGACUUUGAGAAAUGGAACAAAGAAGUAAUAUCGAAGAUUAUUGAGGAUCUUGGACAGAACGUCAGCGAAGUUCGGUAUGAGUUAUCCGAACAAGCCGACAAUAUUAUGUCUACUGUUCAUUACAUAUGCGUGAAAUUUAAGAAUAGGACAAAGGGUCAGAGUGAAGAACUUUCUCUAGUAAUAAAGAGACCCUCACGGAUAGAAUACUUUAGACGGUUGACCCGCAGCGACGUUCAAUUCCACAACGAGAUCCUGUUUUACCAGAUGUACGCCCAGCCUGGUGAGAAUUUUGCGAAAUGCUUCUACACCGAUGAACAACCGCCCAUCGAUUCGGUGAUCGCUCUGGAGAACGUCAAUGAACGAGGAUAUUAUUCUUGUCCAUAUAAGUAUGAUGCUCCUCUGGAAUACACAUUGGCGGCGUUUCGUGAGAUGGGAAGAUUCCAUGGCAAAGGGUAUGUUAUGAAGGAGCUACAGCGCGAGAAGUUCUUUGAUAUUGUGAAACAAUGUCAAGAAACUAGAUUCAACUCAACGUGUGAUGAGUACAAGAAAUACGUCGAUAUAAUUGCAACGCGAGCGGUAGAAUAUCUUCGUAAUCAUGGUCACGAUGUAACCUUCUGCGAUAAAACGGAAGCCUUACUCUCGAAAGCGUUUGACAAUGUGAUGAUAAAGGCGGUGGAGCCGCGGGAGCCACUGUCCACGCUGUGUCACGGGGAUUUUACAUUGAGCAAUACUCUCUUCAAGAUGGAGAACGAUGGGCAAUACCGAGCGAUGCUGAUCGACUUUGCGUAUUUUAGAUACUCGACUCCUGUCGUUGAUCUUUCCACGUAUCUUUGUCUGUGCUGCUCGAAUGACGUGAGAAAGGACAAGUUUUUCGAGAUAAUGCGAGUCUAUCACGACGCAUUAAAAGAGUAUCUGCUGGAAGCUAGUAUUUCGGACGUCGAGAAAUAUUCGUACGACGCUUUGCUGGACGAUUACAAAAGAGGUGGACUCUUCGGUUUCAUUAUCGCAUCUCAUUUUUUACCAGUAUUAAUGGGAUACUACGAUAUAAACAACGACGAUACAAUCGGAAACAACGAUGAAUUCUUUGAAGGAGCACUACGUAACAAACAACUUGGUGGAGAUGAAAUGUCCAAGAUAUUAGCUGAUAUGCUGCUACAUUUGAGAGAUCUUGGUUGUUUAAAAUAUGUUUCAUAAUGGGACAAUUUUUUUCCAUGCACAUAAUAUAUAAUGCCAGAUUAUUAUCAAUU